UUAAAACUAAACAUGGGGAAUCACAAAAUUGAAACUGUGUGCAUCUGAAAAGUGAAUAAAUAGAUGCCAAGGGGGAGUGAGUCAUAAGCACAUGAGUUGUAAGAGGGUGAACUCGAGAGACCAGAUCAGGCAAUGCCGCUUAAUGCCAUCACAUGAUCCGCCCCGAGGCCCUGUAUUUAAUUAAAAUAAAGAGCGGGGCGCAGCGGAGCCCAGAGGAACACGGUUGCUCUUGGUGGACGGGGCCAGAGGAGCUGGAAGUGAAACUCGAGUGCCUGGUCCGUGAGAAGUCAGCAUGGGCUGGCUCUGCUGUUUCCUGGGAUUUCUGGUUCUGGCUGCAAGACUGCCCCUCGACGCCGCCAGACGAUUUCAUGAUGUGUUGGGCUAUGAAAGGCCUCCGGCUUAUAUGAGAGAGCACCACCAGUUACACGGCUGGUCUUCUGAUGAAAAUGACUGGAAUGAAAAACUCUAUCCAGUGUGGAAGAGGGGGGACGAGAGGUGGAAGAACUCCUGGAAAGGAGGCCGUGUGCAGGCGGUCUUGACCAGUGACUCGCCAGCACUGGUGGGCUCAAAUAUAACGUUUGUGGUGAACCUGGUAUUCCCCAGAUGCCAAAAGGAAGAUGCCAGUGGCAACAUAGUCUAUGAGAAGAACUGCAGAAAUGAGACUGGCUUAUCUGCUGAACCGUAUGUUUACAACUGGACAGCAUGGUCCGAGGAUGAUGACUGGGAAAAUGACAGCCACCAGAGUCAUCACCAUGUGUUCCCUGACGGGAGACCUUUUCCUCACCACCACGGAUGGAGAAAAUGGAAUUUUGUCUACGUCUUCCACACACUUGGUCAGUAUUUCCAGAAAUUGGGACGUUGCUCAGUGAGAGUGUCUAUGAACACAGCCAAUGUGACAGUUGGCCCUCAAGUCAUGGAAGUGGCUGUCUAUAGAAGACAUGGACGGGCUUACGUUCCCAUCGCACAAGUUAAAGAUGUGUACGUGGUAACAGAUCAGAUUCCUGUGUUUGUGACUAUGACUCAGAAGAACGACAGAAAUUCUUCUGAUGAAACUUUCCUCAAAGGCCUCCCCAUCAUGUUUGAUGUCCUGAUUCAUGAUCCCAGCCACUUCCUCAACGAGUCCACCAUUAACUACAAGUGGAGUUUUGGGGACAAUACUGGCCUGUUUGUUUCCAGCAACCACACUCAGAAUCACACCUAUGUGCUCAAUGGAACUUUCAGCCUGAACCUCACUGUGCAAGCUACGGUGCCAGGACCGUGCCCUCCACCAUCGCCCAGACCUCCGAGACCCACUCCUUCCAUAGGUGUUACUCUAAAAUCUUAUUCUUCAACCCCACCCCCCACCCCCGCCCCAGGACCUGCUGGUGACAGCCUGUUGGAGCUGAGUGAGAUUCCGGGUGAAGAUUGCCAGAUUUACAGAUAUGGUUACUUUAGAGCCACCAUCACAAUUGUAGAGGGAAUUCUAGAGGUUAACAUCAUCCAGAAGACAGAUGUCCUGAUGCCCAUGCCACAGCCUGACAGCUCCCUAAUAGACUUUGUGGUGACCUGCCAGGGAACCAUUCCCACGGAGGUCUGCACUGUCAUCUCCGACCCCACCUGUCAGGUCGCCCAGGACCCAGUCUGCGACCCCGUGGACAUGGACGAAACGUGCCUGCUGACCGUGAGAAGAGCCUUCAGUGGGUCAGGGACCUACUGUGUGAACCUCACUCUCAGUGAUGAUGCAAGUCUGGCCCUCACCAGCACCCUGAUCUCUGUUCCUGGCAGAGACCCAGGCUCCGCUCUGAGAAUAGCAAAGGGUGCCCUGAUCUCCAUCGGCUGCCUGGCCCUGUUUGUCACUGUGAUCGCCCUCCUGGUGUACAAAAAACACAAGGAAUAUAAACCAAUAAAAAAUAGUGCGGGGAACGUGGUCAAACGCCAAGGCCUGAAUAUCUUCCUGGACCGCGCCAAGGCCGUGUUCCUCCUCCCAGAGAACCAAGAGAAGGACCCCCUGCUCAAGAACCCACCAGGCGUUCUUUAAAUUUCAGCCUUCUUCCCGAAGCUCUCUCUUCAGUGCCAUUUAUGUGAGCUGUGCUGGAGUGGGUGACUUAACUUUUGUUUUUCCUAAAGGUUAUUGUAAAAUAGAUAUUGUGGUUUGGGGAGGUGGGAUUUUUUAUAGGUUAAAUGACAUUUUAGAUAAGUGGAGAAGGAUGACUCUGCAAGCAGCCUCGGCCAGGUCAUAUAACUGAUAGAACAACUUCAUGAGGCUUCCUUUGGUUAUUUUUUAUGUUUCUUACACUGUCUUAGGUGACUAGUAGGGUUGACACACUGUGACCCAAGAGGAGGGAGAGAAGCUACUAUGUGAGUCUGACCCAGGUGAACUGGAAGGAGAGGCUGAAUACUGUACUUUGUAUAUAACCAUAUGCAUAAAACCAAUGUAAUUCUGUCCUUGAGAUUAUGUUCGAAGCUAAGUCCUAUUUCAACGAAUGUGCCUGGGCUCCCAACAGCACAAUAACAAACCCAAGCCUUUGGUGUGACAUGCAUACUUGUUAUACUCAGAAAAAUAUGAAUGUCAUAAAUGGGUAGAGAUAUUUUGGUGACAGCCUGCUCUGCCCAGCUGAGUGAAUGAAUAAUAUUCAUUCAUUCAUUUAUGCCAUGCUUUCACUAUACCAAGCACCAUGCUAGGUACAUGGUCCCUGCACUAGAGAAGUGACACUCUUGUGUAUAUGUCUGAAUUUUUGUACACUCUGGGGCACAUACUUGAAAUCACAUAUUAUAAUUUUCCAAAGAAGGAGACCCCUGGUUUUCCUACCAGUUUCUCUAUUUAAAUGAUACGGAAACUUGAUCAGUAAGGAUUUUACCUCCAUUUGUAACUGAAAGCAUCUGCCAUAUGUUAGACAUGACAUUCUUUUUCUCUCCUUCCUGAAAAAUAAAGUGUGGGAAGAGACAA